CGCAGCUAUGGCGGAGGCGGCUUUCCUUCGUCGUAGUAGAAAACUGUUGGGUAAUGAUGAAAUCAAUGCUCCGCCGCCGCCUCCACCUUUACUACCGAUACCACCGAUACCACAGAUACCACCGGUUGUUAUUCAUAAUAGUUUUUCGACACUUCCUCCGCCGCCAAGGCCAGACUCCGAGCGAUCUCUCAUCCUCACCAUCGCCCUCCCGAUAUUCUUCGCCAGCACUGUGCUCUCCUGUUGCCUCAGGCUGAUGUCGCUGAGGGCGAGGAGGAGGAGGACGACGAGAGCGGCCGCCGCCGCCGCGCAACCGCCGCCGCAAGAAGGCGGCGAAAUCUACAGCGGGCUCAUGGUGGACCACCCGAUCUGGUACAUACGCACCGCCGGGCUCCACUCCUCCGUCAUAGACGCCAUCGGCGUCUGCAAGUACGACAAAGAAGCGGAGGCGGUGGUGGGGAAACGAGCGGAAUGCGCGGUCUGCUUGAAUCUCUUCCAAGAAGAUGAUACCCUGAGGAUUAUGCCCAAAUGUAACCAUGCUUUUCACGUUUCCUGCAUCGACACCUGGCUGAAAUCCCACAAGAAUUGUCCCGUCUGCCGCGCCGUUAUCGAGCUCGUCGACGUCAAAUACCCCGCCGGCGCCUCGCCGCCGCGCCUGCCGGGAACUCCAGACAACAAUCGCGGGGAACAGGGACCGGAGACAGAGAAUCUUGAACCGAGGAACAACGUUGCUAAGGAUGAGACCGACGGCGAGUGACAGGAACAAGUGCGCUAGCUUAGUAGCUUAUGAUUUGUAUUUCUUUUUUAUUUACUUCUAUUGAAAAGGGUAAAUAAAUUUGGGGUUGGAUUGGAUUAAGUGUUAGGAGAAUAUAUGUAUUUUAGCUCCUUAUUUGGAGGGUGAA